UGAUGGUAUAGUUACGCGUAGAGCCAGAGGCCUCCUUUUGCUUCUUCGUUCUUAUACGAUGAGCCACCUUUCAGUUUAACAGAACAACGACGAAUGGAGCAUGGCCAACGACAUCGGAGCAUUCUGUUGGCGGGAGCUAAAUACGGAACUGUCAUGCAGUAGCGCAAGGUCCCUGAGAUUGGGAUCAAAAGAUGAGGAAUCUGGGGUCGGGAACAGUGAGCGUUUGCUGAGAAGUGGUAUCUCAUCCGAGUCAGGAGAGCCAAAACAUAUUAUAAAUUGGGGGCUGCCAGCCGAUGGUUGCUUGCUCAAUCUUGAGCGUGAAUAUUAUUUCUUUACUGCAUUCACAGUUCAUCACUUCGCAUUGGGCAACCCUCUAGACAGGACGUCAUGGCGACCAGGGCAGACAUUCCUCCAGAGAUAGCGCCCAAGCUACGAUAUUACACUUAAUGAGCUGGGCCCAUCUUCGUCAUGGUCCUAGGGGAGGAAAGAAAACUCA